GUUUUCUAUUUAUUAUUCUAUGCCGGGCCGUAAAUUUAAUCUGUUUUGUGACUGAUCGUCACACAAAAAACGAAAGAUGGAAGGUUUUCCGUGAUGAUUCAACAGAGAGGGAAACAAAACCUGAUGUACAAAUUGAUAUUUAUGUUUUGACCUGAAGGCAUUCUCUCACCAUGGCACCAAUAGAAAGCAACCAAUCAGAGAUGAAUGUCAUGCCAAUGGGAGCUGUUGGUGGAUUCUCCCAGCAUGCAACAGCGCAGAAUGUUUCGUUAGCUUACCUGUUGGACUGUUUAAUCCAAAGAACGUACCAUGAUCUAAUAGUUCUUUCCGAAUUACUUCCACGAAAAAUGGACAUGGAAAAGAAGAUUGAGAUUGUAAAGUUUGCCAGCAAAACUCGUCAGUCAUUUAUCCGACUUCUGGCUUUGGUCAAAUGGGCAAGCAGUGCAGCCAAAGUGGACAAGUGUGCGAUUGCCAAAUUUUUCCAUACCAUGUGCAGUCGAUGUGCUAACAACUGGUCGGUAUAGAAGACUUCCAACUUGUAUUAAGGAUCGGAUUGUACCGGCUGACCCAAUUACUGCAUCAGAAAAAACUUCUGUAUUGCUGAGGCUGAAUCAGAUAAUUCAACAUCGACUUGUUACAUCUGAGUUGCCAACUCAACUUUCAAAUCUGUCAAUAGUUGAUGGCACUGUGAAAUUCCAUGUUCCUCAAGAGUUUGAAGCAACCUUGACGCUAAUGGGAGAUGACCAGUCCAUUCCAUGGAGGCUUCUUCAUGUGGACAUCUUAGUCAAGGACCCUGACACAGGGGAUGGUAAAGCUUUAGUGCACAGUAUGCAAAUUCACUACAUCCACCAACUUGUGCAGUCAAGAUUGUUUACAGAGGAGAAACCACUCGCUGAUAUGUACAGCCUGCUUCAUAGUUUUUGUCAGUCACUGCAGCUUGAAGUACUCAACUCCCAGGCCCACCGUUUGAUGCGUGAGAGAUGGGGAGAACACAUCGCUAUCACAGGCUACAUGGCAGCGCAGAGUCUUAACCUGGCCUACUGGAGGGCACAGAACUAUUGCUUAGAUAAAUCCAAGCAUCAGCUGUACUCAGUAAACAUAUGUGUGGACAAGGACUCUUUACAGCCAUUGGACGUUAAACACACACCACCUUUGACCCCUUCAGAGGCAGCCAAGGUCAAUCAAGCAAUUAAGAGUGAGAUGUUAUCAAUUGAAAGACUUCUUGUUGAAUCAAUUCUCAUAAGGUCAAAGGCUAAAUUACAGGAAUUGCAACUUGAUUUGAAGAAAGCUAAUAUCUCUACUAAAGCUGUUAUCCAAGGCAACCCUCCUGUAUUGAGCAUUGCUAUCCUGGAGCCUUGCGGUCCAUCCGAGUACCUCACCAUCUCAGUGGAUAUGCAGACUGGUCUAUUCCAGCCAUAUGUGGCACAUGCUGGUGCUGCCCUUCUUGAGGAAAUUGAAGAAUGUUUGAACUCUGACCCCACAAAACUUUAUCAAUAUAUAAUCAGAUUAAAGUUCACCAUCAGUAUUGAACAUUGCAAACGUGCAGUUCAACUUCAACCUGUCACCUGCCUUGAACGGCUCCCUCUAGUGUCUAUCUCUGCUGACCAUCCGUUGACCAAAGUCUCUCCUAAUCGUCUGUACCUGAAACUCACCAAGCAUAACAACUACUAUGUGGUUGUUGAGUUUAUCACUGAACUAGGUGGAGAAUUCGAAACUCAGAUCAAAUAUUACCUCCUUCGGGUGCGACCUUCGACAUACUAUGAUCAAACCGCUCAUGAUGCUCAGCACCCUGACCCUGACACGGCCAAGAGUUUCUUAGCGCCGCUGACCCUGUUUCCUAUCGACCCACAAAGUUUGGUUCACGGUCCUAAUACAGCAUUUGAAGGUAGCUUAGGUCUCAACAAGAGGAAGCAAAUUCAAGAUGGCUUCCAUCAUGUAUCAAGUGCCAAGAGGCGCAAGUUUGAUCAUGAGCAUUACUUUCAGGAUCAACUGGCACACAUUACUGCCCUCUGCGACAUGCGUAUCCCUUACAUACAGUUACUAGAAGAGCUAAGUAAGAAUAAUAUUUGUCAUCAAGGUGUGCAGGUUGAAGGUGAAGGUGCUGGACUUGUAUUGAAGCUAACAAGCCCACCGCCAUUUGACGGAACUUGUACGCAGGCAGCAAAGGAACUUGGCAAGAAUCUUAUCAGCUGUUGCUUCAGACUUCAGCUACACAGCAUGAGGUGGCAGAUACAGUUGUGUUUUGCAAAUUGUCCAUUACGGAGCACUAAUCCCAAGGAGCAAGUGCCUAUACGAAGUGUGUCUCUAUCCUAUGACCAUACUACUGCCGGUACUGUUGUAAUGUGGAGGCACUUCAUCCAUGAAUGGAGCGCCAUCGUGCGGCUUUACAAACCUGUCCUUGAAUUUGCUCCUGUCAUUAAUGAUUAUGCCAACCAGUUGAACAUGGAAGUGAGGUCUUUCUCGUACAAGCGUCUGACAAUGGCUUACGGAAAAGACAAAGCAAAUACAGUAACAAUCCGAUGGGAACCAGAACGAAAAUGUUUCACUUUGCCACUCGGAACUGGAGGAUCUGCUAAGGCUGCCAACUGUCAUGUGAUCAUAAUGGAACAACUCCGUCAGGAGUUCAACCAACACCAGAAUAUUGCACAACUCAUGCAGGUCUUACAAGAUACAUACAUUCCUCUUCAAGCAAUUGCCAAAUUACCCACAAGGCCCGGGUUAGGUGCUGGUUCGCAUGCCCAUUAUCCACUGCAACAAUUCUGUGUGGUGCCUCAGUCGUCCACGCACAUUAGAAUCGCUUACAGAAGCAUCUACUGCAUCGAUAUCCAAUGUCGUGGAAAGAAUAUGGUCGCCAUCAGAGAUGGAGCUCAUAGUUUGUUUGAUACCAGUAAAGUUGUCACAGGUUUUAAUCCCACCCCCAGUCUAAAGGUUUUUCUUGACAUGUUUGUUGAUGACACCAUCUUGUAUGCUAAGCGUCGCUCAAUCACUGAGGACGACAACCCUCCAUCCCCUGUUGCGAUGGACACAAUGGAUCUGUUUCCACAAGCCCAGCAGCCUACUGGGGCAAGUCCUUUGCAACGUGCCAGUCAGCAUAGUACAGGUUAUGGCCAUGCUGUGGCAAGUAGCCCAGCACAUCCAGCCUCACCACAUACAUCAGUCCUGCAACAACAAUAUAAUAUGCAGUCUCCAGGUGUUGCGUGUCCAUUAGCGUCCCCACCAACCAUCACGCCAUCACCAUCAGGCGCUAAACUUGGUACUCCAUCACCAGCAUUUGCUGCUGGAUCACCGGGUAACAUCCAUCACGCCCCCUCACCUGGAUUCGUUCCGGUGCCAUCGCCCAUGAGUGUUAACAUGCAUUCUCCGGCAGCUGUGUCUUUUAUCAACCCAGGUAUGCAUGAGAGCCAUGGAUCACCCUACACCAACAUGAGCCUCUCAAUGCCAAGCCCACGUAACUGGCCUGCCUCACCGUCGGUACCUGGUUUAUCACCAAGCAUCAGGCACCAGAGCCCUGGUAGUGCCAACAUACACUCCCCCGGUACCACCGUACAACAACAUGCCUCACAACCAUCUAUGAUAGGAUCAGUCCAGAGUCAGCCCACUCGGAGUCUACCGCAUCGGUCAUGGGCCGGCUCCAUACCAACUAUUCUCUCGCAUGAUGCGUUGCACAAGUUGUGUACACCGACUCCGACAGGGACCAUCAACACGGGGCUGGGAACCCCCUACCAAUGCUGUCCACUCGAAAGAUUCUUGUCCGCAAUUUUCCUCAAGAAACAAUUGCAGCGGGUACUGCUUGGCCCAAAUAAAUGUGAUACUUUACAUGUAGUUCCCUCCAACGAGCCUGGUGUCAUUCAGUUUCAAUCAGACAGCUUACUCUUCCGAGUGUCACUCAAUCCAGCAGCCAACCUCACCCUGCAUCUUCAGGCAAAACCCGUCCCAGAGUGUUCUGAGCCUUGGACAGGAGAAGAAUUACAUGUUCUUAGUAAAUUCUUUGAAGAGAAGGUUGCAUGUCCCCCAUACAAGCAGACAACACUAAGCGCCUUUAUCAGGUUGAUCAGUGCAUCAACUCGCAUACUUCAUGAUUUUAUCCAGAUAAUGAGAUUGGAAUUAGUUCCUGACCGAACUCUGAAGUGGACCCUACAGUGGUGCUUAACGAUAUCUCCAAAUAUCAUAGCAGUAGCUGGAGUUGGUAGCAUUGCUGUUGUCGUCCGUAACAAGAUUCUAUUUUUCAUCCAAUUGACUCGUAAUGUUAACAACUUGGUCCCAGGACAGGAGCUGCAGACGAUUAUCGUACCCAUCAUUCACGACCCAAACACAAACUCAACGCUGCAGUUGGAUCAGUCCCUACAGAAUGCUAGCGCAAAUUCAGCAUCUCCUCAGGUUUCUGCGAUGUUGAAACGCUUUAAUGAAUACAAUAUCAACAGCAGUGAAUGCAGCAUCUUUCCAGCAAUACGAGAUUUAAUGAUGAAUCUAACAUUGCCAAGUGUGAAAAUUUAAGACCGCAACAAAUACCAUCUUUACAGUAAUGUGGAUAUACAGUAGGAGACAAACAUUGAGAAUGACUUGGAGAUCCCAAUUGUUAUUGCAUACUAUGUGAACAUAGUAUCAUAGAUGGAAUGUGCACACUAUAAGCAGCGUAUGCUUGGAGGACUGUCAAGAUAAGAGAAGGAGAUUUAACCUGGAACCUCAGCUCCUGUGACAGCACCAGUGAGAUACAGUGACAAAAAGCCCAAUUGUUUACGUCUGGACCCCCGUCAGUAAAUAAGCAAAUUAUCUUGUCGGAGAACUCUGCUUUAGAAAAGUAUUACUAUGGUCCGAGACUGCGAUUUUUCUGGACAUCUAGAUGUGCCUAUUCUUAAAUUUUGCUCUAACCAUAGUGGGGCUGAGAUGGAUUUUGACCCCAGUUGUUGGGGAUCAUGGAUCUCUUGUCAGGGACUUUGUAGCCCUUAUUGAGGACCUUGAACCCCUUGUUGAGAAAUUUCUGGCAGUGCUCUACUGCUCAGCACUUUGAGACCUCAAAAUGGGAAAACAAAGGUACCUACAACCUUACUAAUAAGUUAUCAUAUUUGAAUUUGUUCUUUUGGAGGAUGUACCAAGGACCCUAGGUG